CUCGCCGGCCGCUCUGUCGGCCUCCUCGCAGAACAUCGUCGACGCUGAGACUGGAGACGAAGACGAGUUAGUGGAUCGCAACUGCGCCAAGUGCCGCGAGUGUUGCGUCAGCUACAGGACGUGGCUCAAGUUCCAGUCGAUGUUGUACGUGGUUGUCCACGACGCCGUCUUCGACCUCUUCAUCAUGCUGUGUAUCGUCCUCAACACCGUCUUCCUCGCCGUCGAGCAUCACGGCAUGAGCGAAACGCUCGACAGAAUUCUCGACUACGGCAACAGGGUUUUCACCGCAGUGUUCACGCUGGAAUGCAUCAUGAAGAUCAUGGCUCUAAGUCAGGAGUUCUUCAUCAACCGCUGGAACGUCUUCGACUUGAUCAUCGUCCUGGCGUCGUUGUUGGAUCUCGGUCUCGAAAUCGGGUCCGGCCUCUCCGUGCUCCGCGGCAUGAGACUCUUGCGAGUACUGAAGCUGGCGCAGUCAUGGCGGACGAUGCGCGUGCUUCUCUCCAUCAUCAUCUCAACGCUCGGGGCGCUCGGCAACCUCACCUUUGUUCUGCUCAUCAUCAUUUACAUCUUCGCAGUGAUCGGCAUGCAAAUUUUUGGCGACAACUACACCGAGGCGAACUUCUACCCUGAUCCUGUGCCCAGGUGGAAUUUCACGGACUUCUUCCACUCGUUCAUGAUGAUCUUCAGAAUAUUGUGCGGGGAGUGGGUGGAACCUUUGUGGGACUGCAUGCGGGCCGAAAAAUCCGGUGGAUCAGAGACGUGUUUGGCUAUCUUCUUACCAGCUCUUGUGAUGGGCAACUUUAUGGUGUUGAACCUCUUCUUGGCCUUGCUGCUCAACAGCUUCAACUCUGAUGAACUCAAGUCCAGGAAUGAUGAUAUGGAGGAAGAGUCCAAAGUUGUUGAACUUCUCACAAAGAUGCUAAACUUCUUCUUGCCUCAACGGUUCAAGCGCAAAAUCAAGACCGAGGCUGAGCGCCGUGCAGAGAUGCUUGCUCAAGACAAAGCUGACGAGGAACUGCAGGCGGCCAGACUCCGCGAGCUUUUCGGUGAAUGCAAACAAGACACCACGGAACUCAUCGUCGACAUGGAACCUGAGACGAUCGAGCCCGUGAAGCAAGUCAAGAUCGAAGAGAAAGCCGCGUUGAAGGAGAAGUCAGAACCUAGAGAAAAGCAGCAGAUGAGAACCUCAGCGGCCGAUUCUAAAGCAGUGAGAGACUGCAAGGAUCGCGGGGUGAAACAAGCGUUCAGUGAACCCGAACUCAGAAUUGAAGACAAGGAAAACAAAGAUGACUGUGCUGAUCCCACGAGAAGAGGCUACCAAAGGAUGCCUGGCUCCGAUGCCGCAGGCGAUGGGCGCUUCGGGAAGCAGGAGAGCAUCGAACUGAGCGACUUCGCCAAAGAUGGCACUCAGCAAAGACGCGGUCGGGUGCUGCCGGCCAAGCCUUCAGGAAACAGGCGUCCUGGUGGCAGUGGGCGCGAUUACCACGAGUCUCGGGGAGACCAUAGGGACAUACUAAAUAGAAGACAACAUAUGGAGAGCAGCGGGAAUAGAGAGCCUUUUGACGUGCGCGAUUCUUCAGGCUACAGACCAGGAGGCGCAAAUCUAAAAGACUGGGACGUCGAAAAAGGCAGAAGAGACCCAAGAAAUUUGGAUGCCAGAGACCUAGCGGAUCCUUCAGGUCUUCGUGAAACAAGAAUCGGAACUGAUACACGAGAUUUCAGAGAUGAGAGAGAUCUCAGAGACGAGCGAGAGAUAAUUGGGUUCAAUAACUGCGACUUCAGUGCUCGGACCAGUGACAUACGAAAAUUCGACCCUAGGAGCAGGUUGGAUUACUUUGAAAGGAACCCAUUAGACCCAUACGAUCUGAGAGGUCUGGAUAGAAGGCCAGAUCGCUAUGGUCUCCUAACGAGAAAAAACGACUCAUUGAGCGAUUUACGAGACGACAGAUAUUACGACAGCCUUUAUUAUCGAAAUGAGCUCGGUCGGUUCCCACUUCAUCAGAGCAUGCGGGAGAGCAGACGAGAUAUUCACGACCGAAUGGACAGUCAGAAAAGAGCAUACUUAACCCGAUCAGAUUACAGCAAAGGUGACACAACGUACCUCCGACGACCAUAUCCCAGCGGAGGAAUUCCUCCGUACCAAGGAAACAGUGCCGGUGCUGACUACCAUCAUGCACGAGAUGUGUCCUCCGCAUACCAUGACAUGGUCAGAAGAACAGGCGCUGUUUUAUUCGAUUCUUCUUACCAUCACAGCUUGCCCAGGAGAGACCCGUCAAGAGGGCCGUACUUGACGAGGUAUCCUGACUACGAUAGUAAGCGUUUUCCUUUCAGAUCUUCUCACUCUCCACCCCCACCUUACAACCAUUACACUGUAGACAGUCAUAUCCGAUCAGGAGAUAGAAGAAGAACAAGAUAUCCUGAUGCAGAUGGCCACUAUGACUACAACGAGAGCGUUUCAGAGGUCAACAUGUCGGAGAGCGUGCUUCCGAGACUAAAACUCAAUAACAAAUCGAACUUCGACCAGCAGGGAUCUUGCGACGACCUUCCUGAGAUAACGCUGGAUAAAGACGGCGAUGACAAAGAAGAAAAAGAACAAGACGGCGAGGAACCCACUACCCCUCUCGGAAACGGCGGUCCUGAAAUGAAAUCGUUGCAGAUGGCAGCGAAGAAGGCGAAGCAGGCGGAGAGCACGCAGAGCUGGGGCGCUGUCAUCAGCUACGUGGACGAGAUCACGACGGGCGUCAAGGACGACGAGGAUCCGAGGUUCAUGAAGGCCGAGAGGAAAGUCAAGCUGCCGCCAGACUGCUUCCCGAAGAUCGUCUACAAUAAAAUGAAAUGCUGUCAGACGUUCACGACGACUCGCUUGUACAGUCACUGGUACAAAGUUCGCAUGUUUUGCCUACGUAUCACGGACAGUCCGUACUUCGAGUGGUUCAUUCUAACUAUGAUCUUCGCCUCUUCCAUUACCCUUUGCUUCGAAGACAGCCACUUGGACGGCAACCCAAACCUCAAGGACCGACGGGUCAUCCUGAAGUGGCUCAACACGUCGUUUGCUAUUCUCUUCACUAUCGAGAUGUGCCUAAAAUGGAUUGCGUUUGGCUUUGUUAGGUAUUUUUCCUCAGUCUGGACGAUUUUGGACUUCUUCAUCGUGAUGGUGUCCGUGACGAGUCUCUUUAUUAAGCAAGAUAAUUUGAUUGCCCUGCGGAGCCUGAGGACCUUACGCGCGCUGAGGCCCCUGAGGGCGAUCUCCAGGUGGCAAGGCAUGAAGAUUGUGGUGAACGCGCUCAUGUACGCCAUUCCGUCCAUCUUCAACGUGCUGCUGGUGUGCCUGGUCUUCUGGCUCAUCUUUUCCAUCAUGGGCGUCCAGAUGUUCGGAGGCAGAUUCUACAAAUGCGUUAACCAAAACGGCGAACGUCUUCCUCUAGAAGUGGUGAACAACAAAUCUGACUGCUUCAAGAACUCGAGUUACGAGUGGGUCAACAGCAACAUCAACUUCGAUCAUGUGGGCUACGCUUACUUGGCUUUAUUCCAAGUGGCGACCUUCGAAGGCUGGAUGGAAGUGAUGGCGGACGCAGUUGACUGUCGUGGCAUUGAUUUACAACCAGCAAGAGAGGCCAACAUCUACGCCUAUAUUUAUUUCGUGAUCUUCAUCGUGUGUGGUUCGUUCUUCACUCUAAAUCUUUUCAUCGGUGUCAUCAUCGACAACUUUAACGCUCUCAAGAAAAAGAUGUAUGAAGGUGGAGUUCUCGAGAUGUUCCUUACGGACUCGCAGAAGAACUAUUACACGGCCAUGAAGAAGCUUGGCCGCAAGAAGCCCCAGAAAGUCAUUCGGCGCCCGCAACAUCAAUACCAUGCCAUUUUCUACGACAUCGCUGUGUCCAGGAGAUUCGAAAUUUCGAUCUUCGUCCUGAUCUUCCUGAACAUGGUGUCGAUGGCCAUCGAGCACCACCACCAGUCACGCACCGUAUCCUUCACUCUGGAGGUCUUCAACGCGCUCUUCACCACUAUUUUUGGGCUAGAGGCCAUCGUGAAGAUCAUAGGCCUACGUCAUCACUACUUCACCGUCCCUUGGAACCUCUUUGACUUUAUCCUCGUGUUUGCAUCCAUCACCGGCAUCCUCCUGCAAGAUGUCCUCACGAAUUUUCCCAUCAGUCCAACUUUGCUACGAGUCGUCAGGGUCUUCAGGAUAGGAAGAAUCCUCAGACUCAUCAAACCUACAGUGAACGGCAAGAACUCGUUCUUCGGACAGGCGGCGAAAGGCAUUCGGAAAUUACUGUUUGCCUUGAUUGUCUCCUUGCCCGCUCUGUUUAACAUCGGUGCUCUGCUCUUCCUGAUCACGUUCAUCUACGCCAUCAUCGGCAUGGCUGUGUUUGGUCACGUCAGGAGAAGAGGAGCGCUCGACGAUCUCGUCAACUUCGAGACUUUCGGCAGCAGUAUGAUGCUCCUCUUCAGACUGAUAACGUCGGCGGGCUGGAACGACGUCUUGGACCCGUUGAUGACGCAGCCGCCACACUGCGAUCCUGACUACCGCAUGCAGCCUAAUGGCGACUGCGGCCAUCCUGUCAUCGCCAUCGCAUUCUUCGUAUCUUUCAUCAUCAUCAACUUCAUGAUCGUCAUUAACAUGUACAUUGCUGUCAUCCUCGAGAACUUCAACCAAGCGCACAAAGAAGAAGAAAUCGGUAUUGUGGAAGAUGAUUUAGAAAUGUUCUACGUGCGAUGGUCCAAAUACGACCCUCAUGCAACGCAGUUCAUCAACUUCAACCAACUCUCGGACUUCAUCGCCAGCCUGGACAGUCCCUUCAGCAUACCCAAGCCCAACACCGUAGCCCUCGUCUCCUUUGAUCUUCCAAUCGCGAAAGGCGACAAAAUCCACUGCCUCGACAUCCUCCAUGCUCUCACUAAACAUGUCCUCGGACAUGUCGAAGAAACCGAAGAAUUUAAAAGGUUCCCUCCACAGCUCAAACUCCAGAUGGAAGAGAAGUUCAAAAAACAGUUCCCGACGAGGAAAGAGCUCGAAAUUGUCAGCUCCACUCGGCGCUGGAAAAAGAUGGAGACCGCAGCUCGCGUCAUACAAAUUGCGUGGAGAGUCUUCAAGCAGCACAAGAGAGAACAAGAAAGACGCAAUCUUCUGCUGGAAGAAGCGCAAACGCAGACAUCAUCUCCUGGUGGUGGUUCCAUUCGCUCCGGCUUCCGGAAAGUGUCGAACCUUCUCUCUGUUGUUCCGUUACCGAUGGGCGUGCAGAGAAGGCGAUCUGUUACCGUACUACAGCUAUGCUGGUGUGAGCACGACAGGUUGACAAGCAUGGCGGCGAGAGCGGGUCCAGGCGGAGCUCCCGAUCUUCGGUUAAGGAGAAAACUCCCUCCCCUCGAGGCUCCCCCAGGGGAUCCUUCAAGGGAUCCUUCCUCUUCCUCCCUCUAUCCCGACGAGCAUCCAGAUGCUCGGGACCGCCAUCGGCAUCUGCCAGUCCCGCCACCACGCCCGUGGUGUCCGUUCAAGUCCACCAUGAUAAAGACCAUGACCGCCAUCACAUCCCCGAUCCUGCUGGACAUCACAGCAGAAACCCACCAAGCCAUGGUGGAUCACAUGAUACAAGAGACGAUGAAAGAGGAUCCAGCGGUACGUCCCAAAGCGUCCAGCUGCAGCACUGUGGCUCGUGCCCGGCCCAGACCCAGGGCCAGAGUUCAAGUCCCAGAGUCUCAACGGGCAAAAAACUUCCCGCUAUCGGAGCUACAAAAUCACCGCAUCGACAGCAUCAGCAACCGGGCGGUAGCUGACCACAACCUCUUUGCCAUCACUCAUGUUUUUGAUUGAUACAAAUUUUAUCUAAGCAUAUUUAAUAUUUAACUAAUAAACAACUGACAAUGAUACUUCAUUGUAUAACUGUUUAGUUGUAUGGGCCUUCUUAGUAUUUAAAAACGUUGUUGAAGGGAUAUCUAGCAUGAUCGUUUCGGAGGGAAACCGCUGAUCACUCUUUAAAUGGAAACUUAGCGAAUGUGAUAGAUCGAGUCUGAGUAAUAAAUAGAAUGCCUUUCCGUAAUGUUCAAUAUACCGGUAGACAUUCUCAUUUUAUCUUGUUUACCUAAUGUUAAAGUUAUAGUCUGUAGACUGCAAAAUGAUCUUGUCAUUUUUACGAAGCUCCUAUGGUUAAGAACGACAACUUGUGGAGUCAGUUGCCGCCUUUGAAAUUGCGCUACGUGUACCAAGUCCUAAAUGGUUUAUUAUAAGUUUUUGUGCCCCUUUUUUACAUCCAGCUCACUUCUCAGGCUGCGCUAAAGAACGAUACUUUAGCCGCAUCUGACAUAAAUUUUCGACUUAUCAAAAUUUUUAUAGACCCUGUGUACAAAACUUCUUAAUUUGAAUGUCGUAUCGCUACAUCACAAUUAGAUGUGCAUUCCACUUAAAGCUCUAUCGCCACUAAAUUAAAUAACUUCUUCCCUAAGCAUUUUUAAUUGGAAAGCCCAGAGCGCAAAGCGGCAAUUGAAUUGAUGUUCGAAAUCAAGAACAAGAUCUAACGUUCGGAAGUGAUUGUUAGGACCCUCAUUGUGUGGGUAACGUUACUACAUCUCAGCAACGAUAUAUUAGGCUUAAGCUACAAUUUUCAUGCUCAUCACCUCGAGAAAAUCAAAUUUGAAUCUCUAUCCACUAUUGGAAAGAUAAGCCCCUUUCUUUAUAUGUCUCUUUGUGCAUCAUUUUAAUCAAAUUGUUCCUGAAACUAGACUUGUUGAAUGAAUAAUCGCAAUUCUUAGAGAAUUCAGAGGAGCCGAUUACGGAAGACAACUCUAUUCCAAUUUAUCCUGGGAUUUUCAUCUUGACCCCUUGAACAUUCUUUGACAAUUCUCUAUUGAAUUUCUGCUGGAGAAAUACCAGUUUCGGAAUUUGUUUUGACAACCGGUCUUACAAUUUCUUAGAAGUCAGGAGAAUAUUCAUUUACUUCUUUUAUCCAGCUUCAAUAAGAAUAUUUAUUUGGCACCAAAUUCCUUAAGAACCGCCUGCGCAUGUGUCGUUCCUAUUUUUUAUGUGUAACUAUUUUUAAUACGAUA